AUGAGUGCGGCCUUGGCUAUUGGAGGGACUCUGGGAGGAUGUAUGACCUGCAUGAUGGUUGUGGAGUCCUUGGCCAAGUAAGGACUAAUGUAAAUUUAGUAUCUUUGUUUAGAAGUCAUACCAAUGCAAUGAAUCUGAUGACCUUUUCCAACUUCUUGUUCAUCUCCAUUCAAGGCCUCAUCUUCACUUCCAAAUUCCUCACAAUUCGCAACAAAAUUCCAAUUCGAGCGUAUAUUCCAGUCGUUGUCACUUUUUGUUUCGUUAAUAUCAUAAACAACCUUGCCCUCAGUUAUCGAGUUCCAGUUCCAUUACACAUAAUCUUCCGCUCCGUAAGUGUUUUGAUCUGUUUUCAUCUCCUUUUAGGGAUCUCUGUUAUCCAGUUUAAUCAUGAACAGAUUGUUAUUGGGAAGGGAGUACACAACAAAGAAGUAUUUGUCAGUCUUGGCCAUUACUAUCGGUAUUGUCAUGUGUACACUGGCUGAACAGGUGAGUACUGUAAGGAGUGCCCUAUAAACAAGUCUAGAGUUCACAAAAAACGGGCGAAUUAUCCAUCGAAGAAGCCGAAAAACAUUUGAAGGACUGGUCAAUUGGGAUCACAAUGCUGACUGUGGCCUUAAUUGCCUCGUCAUACCUAGCCAUCUGUCAAGAAAAGAUGUACAAAGACCACGGAAAACAUUCGGAUGAGGCGAUGUUCUAUGUCCACGCUCUGUCUCUUCCCUUCUUUGCUCUAUUUGGUCAAGAUAUCAUCACCUGUGCUCAGGAAUUUAAUCAAGAGCCUCCAUUAGUACUGUUCGGUGUGAAUCUUCUCCUUUCACAGGCUUGGUGGACUUUGUUUGCAACUUCAAUCUUCCAGUAAGUGUCUAAAGCAAUAUUCGUUACAUAAAUUUAGGUAUUUCUGUAUCAAAUUCGUCUAUAUGGCCAAUGCCCACAUGGAUUCUCUCUCCGUGACUUUGUUGGUGACCUUGAGAAAGUUCUUGUCUUUAUUGGUCUCCAUUAUUUACUUCAACAACGUGUUCACUGCCACUCAUUGGGCUGGUGCUCUGCUCGUCUUUGGUGGUACCCUUGUAUUCAGUAAUGUUAUUCUUCGUUCUUAA